AUGAAGUUCGCACUCGUCGCUUCGGCUCUGGCCUUCUCUACCACCGCACUCGCGGGUAGUCCGCCAAGCUAUGGUCAACAGUCUCCUGAGAACACACCACAACAGGAUCAAGGAAAGAGCGGCGGAAAGACGCCUCAGACCUAUGGCCAGACGCCUCCUACAUACGGCGGGUCUCCUCCUACCUACGGUGGCGCCAAGUCCCCUGAGGACACACCUCAACAGGGCCAAGGGAAGAAUGGAGGCACUCCUUACUCUCCAGAACAAGGUGGCAAGACCCCUCCUACCUACGGCCAGACUCCUCCCACAUACGGCGGAACCCCUCCUUCGUAUGGACAGAAGGGCAACGAGAAGUCUCCUGAGAACACACCUGAACAGGGUACGGGCCAGAAUGGUGGCAAGAAGCCUGUCACCUACGGCCAGGCACCUCCUUCGUACGGCCAGAAUGGCGGCGUAAAGUCCCCUGAAGACACACCUGACAAAGGCCAAGGAAAGAAUGGAGGCACUCCAUACUCUCCAGAAAAAGGCGGCAAGAAGCCUGUCACCUACGGCCAGACACCUCCCACCUACGGCCAGACUCCUCCCACCUACGGCCAGAAUGGCGGCACAAAGUCCCCUGAGGACACACCUGAAAAGGGUAAAGGAAAGAAUGGAGGCACUCCAUACUCUCCAGAAAAAGGUGGCGACAAGAAGCCUGUCACCUACGGCCAGACACCUCCCACCUACGGCCAGAAUGGUGGCGCAAAGUCCCCUGAGGACACACCUGAAAAGGGUCAAGGAAAGAAUGGAGGAAUUCCAUAUUCCCCAGAAAAAGGCAGCAAGCCACCUCCUACCUACGGCCAGACUCCUCCCACCUACGGCCAGAAAAAGCAGGACCAAGGCAAAACCGGCGACAAACAGGACCAACCAAUGACCUACAACAGCGGCAAGACUUCCUCUUCUCCUCCAGACUACUACGGAAAAGGAGCACACGGUGGCGGCGGUUGGCAACCACACGGCCCUCAAUGCUGCAUCGAGUCUGAAGCGCCAUCAUACGGAGGUGCCCAGGGGGGAGGAGCCACAUACGGUUCUCAAGGACAGCAGUGUAUCACACCCGAGGAAGGUCAAGAAUGGCUGGAGAAGUUCAUUUCGAUUCUUUCACACACGACUCCCGAUAUUGACCAGACUGCGAACGAGUUGAUCGCGGAUCAGUAUUUGGAAGUUUCGAACUCGAUUUUUUCGCUGCAGGGAAAGAAGCUCAGCGUCGAAAGCGUCUCUGCACCAAACAAAGAAGCCUAUCUCCAAGGCAUCACUCACACCCCCCCAAUCCAAUCCAUCCAAACCAAAGACAUAAUCAUCGGCUGCGACAAACUCGUCUGGUCCUGGAGUUUCGGCCACGUCGGAGCCGGCGUGUAUCCUCAAAACGGCAUCAACAUUUUCCAUCUCAUUCGCAACGCUGGACAAUUGCAAGCCGAUCGAUUGGAUUUGGAAUUCGAUAGUAUUGCGUGGGGUUUGAAUACUGGUGAGUUGGAGAGUGUGACGUAUGCGAAUGGGAAAAAGCAGGAUGCUGCGAUGAAGUUCAAGGCUGGGCCGGAGCAGGGUGCUGCUGCUUCGUCGAGCGAGGGUGAGGGGGAGGAGGAGGACUCGGAAGAGUAA